AUGCCUCCUUAUGAAGCAUUAUGUGGCAGAAAAUGUAAAACUCCUCUUUAUUGGAGUGAAGUUGGUGAAAGAAAAUUGGUUGGUCCUGAGAUUGUGCAACAAACUGAAGAUAAGGUAAAAAUCAUCAAGGAUCGUCUAAAAAUUGAUAUAGAUAGACAAAAGUCUUAUGCUGAUCUUAAGAGGCCUGAAAUUGAGCAUCAAGUGGGAGAUAAGGUGUUUUUAAAGGUUUCUCCAUGGAAGAAGAUUAUGAGAUUUGGCCAAAAAGGAAAACUUAGUCCUCGAUUUAUUGGACCAUACGAAGUACUUGAGAGAGUUGGCCCAGUUUCAUAUAAAAUAGCUCUUCCACCGGAGUUAUAUAAGAUCCACAAUGUCUUCCAAGUUUCUAUGCUUAGAAGAUAUCGCUCAGAUCCAUCUCAUAUUCUUCCUGUUGAAUCCAUUGAGGUCACUCCUGACUUGACAUGCGAAGAAGAACCUGUCCAAAUCUUGGCGCAUGAGACAAAAGAGCUUAGAGACAAGAAAAUCCUAUUAGUAAAAGUCCUUUGGAGAAAUCAUUCUAGCAAAGACGCUACCUGGGGGCGAGAAGAGGAUAUGCGAAUUCAAUAUCCCCAUUUGUUUCGAGACUAG